AUGAUAUAAUAGAUUAAAUACUACAGCGAAUUAAAAGAAUUUUUAAAUUCUUCAAUUUAAUCUGACUAGGCGGCUCUCAAUAUUAAUAUGUAGAGUUAAAUUGGUGAUUAAGGUUCAAAAGACUAAAGUUCUGCAUUAGCAAAUUACACUAAUCUAUAAAAUUUGACACUUAGUCUUAGAUGUAAUUAAAUUGGUGAUUAAGGUACAUAAGACAUAAGUUCUGCCUUAGCAAAUUACACUAAUCUCUAAAAUUUGACACUUGAUCUUGAGUCUAAUUAAAUUGGUGAUUAAGGUAUAUAAUACUUAAGUUCUGCUUUAGCAAAUUACACUAAUCUCUAAAAUUUGACACUUAAUCUUAGGUGUAAUUAAAUUGGUGAUUAAGGUAUACAAUACUUAAGUUCUGCCUUAGCAAAUUACACUAAUCUCUAAAAUUUGGAACUUAAUUUUUGGUCUAAUUACAUUGGUGAUUAUGGUAUAUAAUACUUAAGUUCUGCUUUAGCAAAUUGCACUAAUCUCUAAAAUUUGGAACUUAAUCUUUGGCUUAAUUAAAUUGGUGAUUAAGGUAUAUAAUACUUAAGUUCUGCUUUAGCAAAUUGCACUAAUCUCUAAAAUUUGAAACUUAAUCUUUGUAAAACUUCAAUUGGUGCAGUUUGUGCAUUAAACUUAUGUUCUGCUUUAGCAAAUUGCACUAAUAUCUCAAAUUUAGUACUUGAUCUUGGUGAAAAUUAAAUUGAUGCAACAGGUGCAUAAGGCAUAGGUUCUAAUUUAGCAAAUUUGACUAAUCUCUCAUAUUUGGUACUUACUCUUAAGUUCAAUUAAAUUGGUGAUGAAGGUGCAUUAGGAUUAUGUACUGCUUUAGCAAAUUGCACUAAUCUUUAAACUUUAGCACUUAAUCUUGCGAAAAAUAGAAUUGGUAAUUAAGGAGUAUUAGGAUUAGGUUCUGUUUUAGCAAAUUGCACUAAUCUCUCUAUUUUGGAACUUAAUCUUAUGGGAAAUUAAAUUGAUGAUACAGGUGCUUCAGCAUUAGCUUCUGCUUUAGCAAAUUGCACUAAUCUCUAAAGUUUAGCACUUGACCUAGCUUAUAACUAAAUGAGUGAUUCAUAAUAUUUAAAAGUACUAAUCAAGUGCCUUAAAUUAAAGAGAUUAGUUGACUUAAUUAAAAUAUAUUAUUGA